CGCGCGGACUCCCUCGCUCUCUCUCCCUCUGUUUCUCUCGCCUUCCUUUCUUUCUCCUCCGAUUGCCUUCCCGUCGUCGCCGUUCUCGUUUCGAGGAAGCGAGCCUUCCAUCGGACUCUGGAGUUCUCGGGACACAGGACUCUGCCGUCUGGUUGGAUAGGAGUCGGGAAGGAGGCCUCCGGCCAUGGAUAAGAAGGCGGGAAAGACGGAGAAGGAGGCGGCGGACCGCCGGAAGUACCCUAUCCGGCAGGAGGACUAUGAGCUCUGUGAGGAGGUCGGUCAGGGAGCAAGCGCGGUCGUCUAUCGGGCACGCUGCAUCCCGCUCAACGAGAUCGUCGCCAUCAAGGUGCUCGAUUUCGAGAAGGCGAAGGCCGAUCUGGAUAACAUUCGGCGUGAGGCACAAACAAUGAUUUUGGUCGAUCAUCCAAAUGUUCUCAAAGCUCAUUGCUCUUUUGUGAGCGAUCAUAAUCUCUGGGUUGUGAUGCCCUACAUGGCUGGCGGCUCGUGCCUUCAUAUCCUUAAGGCUGCAUACCCUGAUGGAUUGGAAGAGACAGUGAUCGCAACCGUGUUGCGUGAAGUUUUGAAAGGUUUGGCAUAUCUUCAUCAUCACGGUCACAUCCAUCGGGAUGUCAAGGCUGGAAAUAUUUUAGUUGAUGUAUCUGGUGGGAUUAAGCUUGGAGAUUUUGGUGUUUCUGCCUGCCUCUUUGAUUCUGGUGACAGGCAAAGAUCAAGAAACACAUUUGUUGGUACACCUUGCUGGAUGGCACCUGAAGUCAUGGAACAAUUACAUGGUUAUGACUUCAAGGCUGACAUAUGGUCUUUUGGAAUAACUGCACUGGAACUUGCCCAUGGUCACGCUCCUUUCUCAAAGUAUCCUCCAAUGAAGGUUUUGUUGAUGACUUUGCAGAAUGCUCCCCCAGGUCUCGAUUAUGAGAGAGACAAAAAGUUCUCCAAGUCAUUUAAGCAGAUGAUUGCCAUGUGCUUGGUUAAAGACCCUUCAAGGAGGCCUUCUGCAGAAAAGCUAUUGAAACAUCCAUUUUUCAAACAUGCACGGUCCAAUGAUUAUCUGGUUCGAACAAUCUUGGAGGGAUUACCUUCUCUUGGUGAUCGCAUUAAAGCAUUGAAGGACAAAGAAGCAGACAUGCUUGCUCAAAAAAAGAUGCCUGAUGGGCAAAAGGAAGAGAUUUCCCAGAAUGAAUACAAGCGUGGAAUAAGUGGAUGGAACUUUAACAUUGAAGAUGUUAAGGCUCAAGCUUCUUUAAUUCAAGACGUAGAUGAAAUCCUUGCUAGUAAAGAUCAAAUAGAGUCCUCGAAUACUCUAUCUGCCUUUGAAAAUAUGGAAGGCCAAGCACAACUUCAAUCUUCAUUUUCUGGUGACUCUUUGAAAGAUGAAGCAAUUGAUCAGGAAGGAGGAGCACCUAUGAGACCAUGGAGGACGACUUCUUUUCAGUUGUCAGGAUCAAACUUCAGCAUGCUUGACAGAAAACUGAAUGGUUCUCUGGAUGAGGUGGCUACUAUUAGUCCUCCCAUGCAUGAGGAGAUCAAGCAGAAUGGUUUUGUAGUGUCAGAUUCUGGUGUACAUGACAUGUUUAAAGCCACAAAAGGAGAUGACUCAGAGAUCGAUUCAAAGUCUAUGGAGGAGCUGUCUAGGUAUAUUCAGGAUAAGAAAGGGUUAUCCAAUGGGCAACUUCCAUCAGAUCUUCUACCGCCAAGAGGAGAGAGUGAUAGUCACCACACUUAUUCUCAGAGCCUUGGGCAGAUAAACUUAGAACAAGUUUAUAAAGGAGUGGGUGAUGUGCCCCCUGAAAACAUUCCUAGAACAUCUAAGUUGCCAGCAUCAAAUGCUGAUGAACUUGGUGAUAAGACAAAGGUGCCCGUUGUCCAGCAACGUGGACGUUUCAAAGUAACGUCUGAAAGUGCUAACAUGGAGAAGUCACUGCCAUCGCCUCAUCUGCAAAAGAGUCAGAGUCUUCAGGUGAUCCAUCAAUAUCCUUCAACACCUUCUUUCGAAGGGCAAUCGAAUCAGAAUAUCCCAAAUUAUCUACAUUUACAGAACGUCUUACAACAAAUUAAUCAGCUCAGGGAUUGUGUUUGGUCAAUGAUGAAAGAAGUGAGUGGUGACAUCUCAUCCGGUAAUUGUGCUUGUACUCUGGGUCAAAAGCCAAGCUCAUUUGGCGUAAGUGACAAAUCACUGUUGGAGGCUGCAUAUGAAAAAGAAAAGGAGUUAGUUCAAGAUCUUGCAGACACAAAAUGGAGGCUCAUCUGCGUCACUGAAGAGAUGCAGAAGUUGAAAACGAGGAAUGCACAGGUCUAAUGAAGAGAUGCAGAGUUUCACAACCUCUGAUGGUGUGGAGACAUUGUGAGCUUGAGAAAGAAGCAAAAGGUGGCAGCAUAGCAUGCGCUGUCAGCAAUUAAAAGAAGCUGGCUCUAUUCAACCGUGGGUUUGCGAGUCUGUAAGAGGUUUGCUUCAAACCAGCCUUCUGCAUCAAACGCUGUGCAUAGUCUUCGUGUGUCUCUGUAAAUGGUUGGUUAUACAGGUAGGUAGAUUUUGAAUUAUGUCCAUAUAGGCCUAAACGAGUCCUAGCCCCGUUGUUUUCUUUUUUCCGUCUUUCUCUUUAACGAUUGAUCCCCUUAUUGACCAAUAAGUGGUAAAUAGCCUCUACGAUCCUGUCAAGAAUGCACUAACUGAGUUCCUGAAUCAAUGCAGCA